GUUCAACGUCUGUUCGACUGCAUUGAGUCCGAUUCUGUGCGCUGAUCUUCUACGGUGGCUUGCUACCGCAAUUUCGCUGAUACGCCAAGCAUCAACUCUCAUCCUUUAUACACAGCUAUACGACCAAGCCCGUGAGCUCUGAGAGAUUGAAGCCAGUAUUGCGCUUUCAGUUCGAUGGCAUGCGCACGUGAGAAUUUGACAUAUCAACCCAGAACGUGCGGCAAAGCUUUCUACUCAAGUAUAAGUUACGCUUUAGCGGAACGAUCUUCAUGCGGUCCACCUUUGAUGCAUCGUUGGUCGAGCAGCAAGUCACCGAUCUCCCUGCAGACUCAGUUCACUGGGUAGGACUCGGGCUCGGUCUCGUUGCACGUAUCGGCUAUAACAAUUUGAAGUUAGUGGGGACCAAGAGAUCAUUCGGUUCGCAUCUCGCCUGAAUGAGUGUGAUUAUCAUGGGGACAACCCCCAUACAGUUGUCUAAUAAAGCCAUCAGGCAAAGGGCAGUAUACAACUGUGGGUGCGUACAGCGAUCCGCGCACCACAGAAGAGAUCGAAGCAUGUGUUGCAAGGAAUGAAGAAGGACAGGUGGAGUUCCUCCGGGGCAGAUAUACUGUAG